AUGGAGGAUCUCUCUUUUGAUCCAGUCAGUGGGUUCACUCUCUCUGUCCCUCUUCCUGUCUUGCUCUUUCUCUCCAUACUGGCGCUCAGUUUUAAUUUUCUGGCAUUCCACAGGAAUUGAUGCACUCCGUUUUCAAGUUAGUAUGGAGCAAGAAGUCUGAGAAGAACGGUGAUACAGGAAUAAUCAAUGAUGAUGAAGUAUAAUUUCUUGCUUACCGUGCAAUAUAAUUAGUAUGGUGCAAAUUUUUACUGGAUAAGUUAAAGUAUGCGUGAAAAUAUGGGCUGAUUCUUUUUGUUAGGGGCUAGUUUUUAGUUGAACAGCUUUAUGGACAUUUAUGAUAUGCUUCUGAAUCACAAAAUUUGUGUUUGUUCACCACAUUAUAGAAGUUGAUCUGGAUGUGAAGAGGCAAAUCUAUAAAUAAUUCCGCAUUUGAAGAAGAUAGGUCAAUAUCAUAUGGCCCUAUUCCACUGAGUAUCGGUUGGAAAAGUCUAAUUCUUGCUCAUUUACCUGCUUUGGUGAGAAAGUAUCAUUUAAGGCUUCAAAAAGGAUCAGCUGCAUUGCUUUUAGCUGCUUUUGUGUUCCUCAAACUUCUAGAAUUUUUUUUUUCUUAUUUGGAAAAUCCUCCCAACAUUUUUAACUUCUUCUGGAAAAUGUUGAAAAUAUUUAGGAUAAAAGGCUAAAAAUAUUAUACUUUCACUGCUAAGCGCUCAUGGUUGGUUUAGCAUAAAGCAAGAGAGGAUGAAAGACAGACAUAACUCUUGUAAUAACCCGAAAUUACUAUAGAUGGGUUAUGUUUCAAAACAAACAAAUCUUUGGAUUUCUGGUAACGUGAUUUACCUUCAGCAUGUUGAAAAUAAGGUCGAGCCAGAAGUGUUUUUCUAUCACUGUACAACAGCUUUGGCAACAGAAUUAGAAUUAAUGGGAGCUUUGGGUCAGUAAACAUGAAGGUUUGAUGGUGAACCAUUGGAUCAGAUCAGGCAAUGCUCCAAAAUGGAAGAUUGACUUGCAGUGGCUUCAGGUUAACAUUUCUAUGAAAAUUAUCAUUGAUAUUCUCGAGAGAAUAAGUGAGAUGGGUAAACUAGAAGGAGUUCAGCAUUUCCCCAAGAAUUAAUGAAGAUUUUGACUGAUGUGACUGCUUUUAGACUAAGUGUGGCUUAACUAUGAGAAACUGUUCAUUAACAUUUACCAAACCGAGGUGUGAUUCAUUUCCAUGCAAUGGAAAGUGUGUUCAAAUGGUCUGUGUUCAUUGGAUGUAUGUCCUUAUGGACACUUGAUACAUAGCAGAAUUGGCAGAAAUAUGCAAAUGUUUAAUGUCAGUUUCCCAAUCAAAUCUAGGGCUUUUGCUGGCCCUAAGUCCUUUUUUACGAUGCCCUCUACCCUUUGUUGUUCUAGACAUGGAUUUGUUCACAACUCUAUGGGUAGCAUUUUGACUUCAACAAAAUCAUGAUUCAAUAUCAUGGGUCAUGCUGCCUGGAACAGCAUUAUCCUUAUCUAGAAUGAUUGACAUAUGCCAAUAUGGGCAUUAAAUUUAGAAAUUUACAUUUAAAGGCAUGAAUGGCCAAAAGAACUUGGGAUCUUCAUAUAGAGACUUCCUAAAACUGAAUGAACUAGCCCCAACAUUGGUUAAGAAUCGAAGGUGUUAUAUCUUGAUAUGAUUCUGCCUCUCUAAGUCCCUAUUUCACACUACUGUGAUGCGAUAAACGUUUUGGAAGGCUACCCCUGCUGAUAGAAUAUUUGUAUGAUCAGCAGAGUCACAUUGAUUUAUUUUUGAAUGGUAGCCGAGUCAGUCAAGAUGUAAAAUGCUAUGAAUAGGAAUUUUUUAUCUUUGUUGGUCAAUGCAAAUCGCUGUGCUAUGCCCUUCUGUAAGUUUAAUGCCCUCUGAAAGAUCAUUGGUUAUCUGAAAUUUGAAAAUCUUCCUUAGAGGAGCUAGUUAGAUACCGUUCAUGCACUUUCAAAUGUUAUCUCUUCAACAAUUUUUUUGUUGGACCUUCUGAAUUGCUUUCAAAUAUAUUUCUCAAAAAAGGUCUUUCAUGUUGUGGUAGGUGGCAGCUGGAACAUCAAAGAAAAGCCGACAAACUACAGGUAUUCUGGCCUUCUUUGUCACUAAAUGGGAAAUGAAAGAGUUAUAGGUUCCCUACUGACUUAUAAUGUUCAUAUCUUUUUGAAGCCUAAGUGAAUCUAGAAAUUCAAUUUGAUAAGUUCAUUCCGUUUUCCAUUUGCAGUUUACUCUAUCUCGUUCACAAUUGUAUUACUUUACUUUAGGCAUUAGUUUAACAUUUAUAUUCCUUCUUGAUGCAUAAUGAUCCGUUGGAAGUCAAUUCUAAUCACUGCAAUUUUUCUUGUAUGAUGCACAUUUUUUUCUUACGUAGUGCAUGUGCUUAUGCAUGUGCAAUUUCUUGGGGAACAAAAGGCUUAGAGACAAUGGCACUCCUUGUUAUAACUGAGACAAUGACAUUUUGAUGCCGGUUUGUGUAACAUCUUUCUUUUUCAGGUUAAUAGUAUUAAACUUGAGCCAGUAUUGUUGUUUAUUGAAUUUAGUCUCGAUUUCUGUCUUAUGACAUGACAAAAGCCAAUCAAGCAGCCCGUAUCUCCCUAACUCCUACGAAUUCCCUGUCAUAACUGAGCAUGUAAUUAAUGUGCUUAUGUGAUGCUGAAAUAUUCAUGGCAUUCUUUGCAAACAUCCAAAUUUUUAGCGAACUCUAUCCAUGAAGUAUCCCCUUCAUGGAAUUUGAAAAUUAUUGCGAUCUAUUUUUUUCUCAGGUAUGUCACGAAAAUAUUAAAGAAAUUGUACCCAUGGAUUCUUAUAAGAUAUUGAGUUCAUUUGAAAUUGGGCAUCUUUGGUUUGAUCCAACCCAGAGGUCCUAUUGUACCUUUGGCUUUAUAUUUGCUAUUUUCAGAGUUAGAAUGCUUAUUCAAAGGGGAAGGCAUUAUUCGGUGCUCAUGUAGUUGAUCAAAAAUCUUAUAUCCAUGUCUUUUUAAGUUGGAUUGUGUUAGGACACUGGAUCUGGACAGGAGAGGGGAACAGGAAUAUGGAAAUAGAAAUGGAAAAGUUGAAGGUCAAUAAUAUGAAGUGUAGCUGGGCUCCAAGGAACCCUAGGGCUGGUGGAGACGCAUGAGAGGCCCCUGCUCUCCCUCAGCCGCAGCUGCCCUAGAUUACCCCUCGAUCUCCCCCCAUCUUCCUCCUUUGUGGCCCUAAUACCCCAACCUCCUUGCAUCACAGAGACAUAUUUACCCUUUUCUCUAAUUGCUCCAUCUUCUCGUGUGGUUGGAGCUCUUUGGUCUUCUGCUGUCAUGGCCGACAGGACUGAUGGGUUCUUUCUCCUGUGCCGCGAGUAGGUUAGAACCACUGGGGGCCUAACAGGUUGGGACAACUGCGGAUAUGUUUUUGAUUUGUCAAAUUGGUGUAGAGGGAAAGGGUGAUUUGAAUACGGAAAAAAUAUUAUUUUUAAAAUUUUAAAAUAUGCAUACAGUUUCAGUCGCGAUUCAACAAAGGGGUCAACUGCACAAUAGUUAUCUAGUCCUAUGCCAUGGAUACUUUCAAAAUAUCCUUUAGGUGAGCCAAAUUACUAACCAACAAUGCCUUAUUCAGUAGGAAGCUUGAUCUUACAUAAAAUUAGUAAAGAGAAAAAAUAAAGAAACAACUUCCGAAACCUGGAGACAUUAUACAAGUUGCAUUAGUUUAUUGGAAGUUUUCCCAAUCCUUUUGUGGAGUUUGACCCAUUGAGACUUCUAGGGGUUCACUCUUGUUCUUGAGAAACGGAGAGAGUUACUUGAACUUUGAAGAGCUUAGAUUGCUGGAGUCUGUGUUCUUCUCUGCAGAAAGUUUUGUGUGAGCUUAAAAUGAGGGUUUAAUCUUGAAUUAAGAACAUCUUUCUCGACUUUAAAAGUAAUUAUUAAUCUCACAUUUUGUUUCUAAUUUUAGUUCCUUUCAUGAUGAGGAUCAACACUUUCAAAGGGUUAUUGAAGCUUUCAAUCUAAUAGAUACCUUGAGUCAACACCAGAGUCAACUCUUUUUGUGUUGUUUUGAAAUUCAUGGUCAUGUUGCAGACCCAUGUUGAUGGGUUGCCAAUAAAUUCUAUGUUCGAUUGAAGACUGCAAACCAUCAUGCUGACUAAAUACAUUUCUCUUUUUAUCUGCAAAUUCAUUGACCAUAGAUACAAAUACAAGAUUUAAAUGUAAAAUUCUUAUUGGAAAUAUUUUGGCGCAUCAAAAUUGUUGAUCAAUGAGGGUUUGAGAUUCAACAGUACAAGUGGCAAAACUGAUGUGAGAGUUUUAAAUCAAGAUACAGUCAUGAGACACCUACAGGUUUUGUAGAGGUGUGGCUCAUAAGUUCACAUAUACCUUCCCUCUUCUUUUGUCAAUGGACAUUAGCUUGCACAAUCCUAUCAGAAAUCAGUGGAAAAUCUUUGCAAUUGUUUUUUAUGCAAACCAUGCAUGGAUAAACAGUUGGGAAAAAUCUCUUUUAAAACUCAAAUCAUAGAAUAAUCGCUAGUUAUAUACAAAUACCCUGGCCAGAAAAAACGUAAACUGCCUAGGUUAAGGACACUGACAAACUAGGAAAAUAGCAAACUUGGGAACUGACAAACUAGGAAAAUAACAGACUAGGAAAUUGACAAACUAGGAAACUGCUCUCAGCAAGUAAACUGACCAGCAGAAACUGACUCCUAAUUAUGCGUUUUUCCCACGGUUUUUCUUGCAUUUUUUUUUCCCUUUGAAGCGGCUAAUUUGUUGAUGCUGAAUAUGACUAUUAACUUUUAACCCUAUUUGGAAUAACAUUUUCGUUAUCGAAGAAAAAUAUACCAAAUGAAGAGUACGUAUGUAGGGAAAAGUCGAUGUUCUCUGGUUCAGUGCAGGGCAUGACCCCAUUCCCUUGCCUUUUUAAUAUUUUCUCAUAUAACUGGAUCACUCUGAUUUAUCUUUCAGGGUGAUCAUAGAUUGCCUGAGGAUAAUGAGUAGAUAGCCACUCGCAUUAUGUCUGAAGGAGCGCUGACUUAAUCUGCUCCGAAUGUAACUUUCCUUUUGCAAUUUCUAUCUACUACACCUUAUCUUAGGGUUUUUGACACGAAUUUAAAUUGUGUUCAUCCUUCCAUUAAUCCCAGGUGCAUUUCUAUUCUCCUUUGAUGCGUUGUGAGAUUAUUUUCCUUUUUGAAGAUUCAGUGGCCACUGUAUUUUUCUUGCGGCUCCUAAUAUUCCUUGGCAUGCACCCACUAUUUCUUCAAGAUUGUGAAACGCGAGUGAAGGACACAGGUGCUCUUAUAGUUGAUUGUUCAUGCCUACACCAUCAUUUAAAGGAAAAUUAGUCAAUCUUUGAUGAUUGAAUUAUUUACUAAGUCAACAGGAGAUCUUAAUUUUCUGUUCUGUGUUUUAAAUAGAUAGUUUCACUCUUAAUCCGCGUUUGUAAUGCACAUAUAUCUUAGCUUUGUACAUAUCAGCAUUGAUGCCACCAAGGUUAAUCCUGAGUUUAUGCAGCUAAUCCAAAUGCUCUGAAGGUCAGCUGUGAACUCGUUCGAAUCUUCGUCACUGGUACUGCACAGGAAAUCGAUUUCUUAUUGGUAAGAACUCUGUUGCCUUUUAUCAACACAGAGCUGACAGAAGAGGUUUACAUGGGACAGAGGCCAUAGAGCGUGCUGCAGUAAUUGCUGAAGCUGAGGGCUCUACUAAGAUUGAACCGACACAUCUAGAGAGGGUACUUCCACAACUACUUCUGGAUUUUUAA